GUUAUGGAGUCGUUUCCGGGGCGGUCGGAGGAGGAGUAGGACUCCGAUGGGUCGAAGUCGUAGCCGCUCCCCGCGUAGGGAACGUAGGCGAUCCCGGUCCACAUCUCGGGAUCGAGAAAGAAGACGCCGAGAAAGGUCCAGGUCCAGGGAGAGAGAUCGCAGACGGAGCCGCUCAAGAUCCCCACACCGAAGACGCUCCAGGUCUCCAAGGCGACAUAGAUCCACAUCUCCCUCCCCUUCUCGGCUGAAAGAAAGAAGAGAUGAGGAGAAGAAAGAAACUAAAGAAGUAAAGAACAAAGAACGUCAGAUUACUGAGGAAGAUCUGGAGGGUAAAACGGAGGAGGAAAUAGAAAUGAUGAAGUUAAUGGGAUUUGCCUCUUUUGACUCCACAAAGGGAAAGAAGGUAGAUGGCUCUGUAAAUGCCUAUGCCAUCAACGUGUCUCAGAAGAGGAAAUACAGGCAGUACAUGAAUCGAAAAGGCGGAUUCAACAGACCUCUGGAUUUUAUUGCAUGAGCCUAGAGGUGUUGGAUGGAUGAUUUUUCCCCCCUCGUCUGGGUCAGAGAGUAUUUUAUAUUUUGUAUUUAAUACACAUCAAAACAGGAUCUUGAUUCUUCCUUCUUAUAAAGUAAGAAAGUCUUAUUUAUGACACUCACCUUACUUACUUUUCAAGGCAGUGUCCCUGGGGUGGCCACCAGCCCAUUUGUCUGUCCUUGUUCCUUUGAAACUAUGUGUGCUUUCUUCUUGGAUGCUCGCUAGGUGUUCUUAAAAACUGAAAGUAAAUUACAUGUUUCCCCAAUAAAACAAUGUUUCUACCCAUUUUAUAUUUAUUUUACAAAUAUCUUUAUUACUAGAUUAAAGAGUCCCCCCCCCCUUUUUUUUCCCUACACAUAGACUGGUUUUGUUUUGAAACAAGGUCUUGUUAUGUAGCCUAGAUUAGCCUUGCAAUUGGGACACACUGCCUUCCUCUAGCUCUGUGCUGCUGGGAUCACCAGUAUGUCCCCAUGCCAGCUGAGAUGGAAAAAUGGAAAAUACAUAGCUUUGGAUUUUUAUACAUUCUUCCUUUCACCCCAAAGUAUCAUUUACUAUGUUCAGGAACAAAAGCCACACAUGUUUGCUAAUUUAGGAGAACCAGACAGCAAAAGAAAAGCCCAAGUUCCUUCCCUGUAAUGUACAGCAGAAACAUUUUGUGUGUCUUUCCAGGCUCUUAUGGAUGUAUAUUUCUUACCCACCCAUGAGAUAGUGAGUAAAAUAUACAGCCCUCCUAACCUUCAUUUACCAUUAA